AUGCAGAUCUGGCACGCCAUCCCCUUUGCGCUGCUCGUCCUGGGCAAGCCGCAGACUCCCGCAUCGGCCCAAAACUCGUCGACGCCGUCUGCUCCCCCAGGUGCGCCGCCGGUGCCAUCCCCACCACCACCGCCGCCGCCACCACCGGCGACGUCUUCGCCCGUACCCUCGCCGUCAAAGAGCCCAGGACCGGAGCCCAAGGGGGCCACCUGCGAGUGCGGCUACACCUACUGCGCCUCGGUACUCAAGGCAAUGAAUACGCCAUGGACCGAUAAGCAACUCACGGAGGCGUACUGCAGCACCCCGAAUGCGUCCUGCCCCAACGACAAGCCUUCGACAAAUGUACAGAAUGCCGUCUUUAUUUGCCUCUGCAAGGAGGCGGACCAGAAGGUCGGCACGGACCUGGACCUCAUGUGCGGCUGCGACAAGUGCCUCAACGUCGGCCCGGAUUUCAGAGGGCGCUGCGAGACGCCAUGCUAUUCGGCGAGCCAUAAAUAG